AUGACAUGUGUCCUGUGGCUCUGCUGUUCUCCUCAGGACUCCAGAGCCUUUACCAAAGCCAGAGAAGAGCUUUCUCACAAGCUUUCACCGCCCCAGAGCGGGGACCGAGUGCCGGUGCCAGGUGCCCCGCCAACUGUGAAUGCUUCCCCUGGCGCAUCCUCCGCCACGAUUGCUAAAGCACACUUCCUGCCCGCCGGAGUGUUGUGCAGGCACGUGUGGCACAAGGAGGACUUUGUGCGUGUGGUGUUGAGUUUUGACAUUACAUGUGUGUGUCACUUCCCCUCCCUGAACUCACUGCCCAGGACAGACAAUGCCCAGUCUCAGGUAUCCUUUCAGGAGGCUUCCAAACCUGGCCACGAGGGUGGGCACAGACUUCACCACCUCGUGAACCCCUCCCCACGUAAAGGAGGAGGAACAUUCAGAUCUUAG